GAAUGGAUAAGGGAACAGCAGGGCACACAGCAGCCAUCCACUUCCUCAGUCCUCCGCGAGCACAUCCUCCCCUGCCAUCCGCAAGCGCGGCCCAAUCCAGAAUCGAGCCAACAAUUACACAAACUCCCUCAAGGCAUCCCCCUUGAACUUGAACCCAAAUGGCGAAUUAGCAUUCCCAUCCCACCACCACGCCCACAAAAUCAGCAAGAGGAUGCAGUAACAAACGACGGAGCAGGCGAAGCAACACUGAACCCAGAUUACCGGAGCAGCGGCGGUAGCAGCUACCUGCGCAGAAUCGAAUGGCUGCCUCUGCAUCUGCUUCAGUCGGCAGGAUGCUGCAACCAUCGCUCGCGGCGGCAACCGGCGCCGCCCCUUCUUCCUUCGCCUCGCCGCCGCAGCAAGUCCCAGCUACUCCGGUGCGACGACGUCCUGGCGGCGUCGCCGUCCGGUGCGCGCCGAGCGGCGGCGUCGCACCGGCAGACGACACGAUGUCGAAACUCCGGGUGGGCUCGCCGAUCGUCGUCGUGGAGGCGCCCGUGAUGCUGAAGACCGCCGCGUCGGUGCCGUCGCUCCGAUACAACAGCGGCCAGGUCAAGGCCGGCGACGUCGGAAGGAUCAUGGCGCGGAAGCCCAAGGACGUCUGGGCCGUGCGCCUCGCCGUCGGCACGUACCUGCUCGACGGCAAGUUCUUCAGGCCCUUAGAUGCCGGUGAGGACGACGAGGAGUCCCCAGUGACCCCAGAUGAAUGACAUAUCGGUGCUUCAAUGGCUGCAAAUCUGCAAUGCAAGUUCUACACACAUGCCGUGCGAACAUGUCAAUAGCGAGUCGAGGUGAUUGCAAUCGCAGAUGUGUAACUAACUCUAGCGCGCAACGCAAGCAUACAUCAAAUUGUCGCUGUAAUAUUCUUGAAGUUUAAGUCCAUAGUUCAGAGACAUUCCAACUUUGUCGCAAGGUAACUUUCAAAGGGGAUGCUAGAACCUACUCUGCUGUUUCUUCUUGAUGAAGGAGAAUGCUCAAAAUUACUCGGUGUUGAGUGUUCCUUCUUCAAGGGGAAUAUUUUCAAGUUUUCUUGACCUACCAGGUUGGAUUAUGAAGAGCCCAACGAAAAA